AUGAUGAAACUGAAAUUAAAGAAUCCAAUAUAAUUGAUGAUGAUUGGAAAGUAAAUGAUUUAGAAGAAACUAAUAAUCAAGAUGAAGAUAGUUUUAAGAAGGAAAAAGAAUUAAAAAAUAAUAAUGAAAUGGUAAAACCUAUUGAAAAACAUGAAUUUUAA